AUGAAAAUUUAAUCUUAAAUUCCUGAAAAAGAAUUAUUAUUGCUUUGCCAAGAAUAUAUAAAAAGAAUAUGGAUGAUAGAAAAAGAUGAAAGUGUGAGAGCGUUACUAAAAAAUAAAGAGAUGAUAGAAAUGUAAAAGAUAUUGUUUUCUCAUGAUCUAAAAACCUUAUCUGCUAGUAUUAAAGAUGAGAUGAAUUAAAGAUUGAAGGAAAUGGAUGAAAUUGAAUAAGCAAUUCGCUUUGAAAGUAAUUAAUCCAAUAGAAUUACAUUGUAGAAACAGUUAACAAGUCAAUAUGAGGAAUUUGAGGAAUUUCUUGAUAAUAUUUCUGAAAUGUCUUAAUAAUUGGAUAUUACUUUAAUCUUUUUAAAAGAGCUAUAAAAAAAUGUAAAAUAAAUAAAAAAGAAAAUAGAUGAUCUUUAAGAAUCAAUAAAUGAGAUUGGAAAUGAUGUAAGAAAAUUACGAGGAAAAAAAUAUGAAGAGCUAUUAUAAAUUAGAAAAGAAAAGGUAUUAUAAUAAGCCUAUAUCUUGGAACUUGAUUCUGUGUAUAUUCCAUUAAAAACUUAGGAAGUCAAUCCUGUUACAGGUUAAGUUUAAAAUACUAUUUCAGGUUCAUAGUUUUCUGAGUUGCUUGUUGAAGAUGUCAAAUAAAACAAUAAAGAAGAAAGGGAAGGUGAAGUUAAUUAAUUUAUUUAUGAAGAAGAGAAUAAAGAUGUAAUGUUGAUUAAAGGUCUUGCUGGCUCAGGAAAAAGCAGAGCAGCUAGAAAGAUAGAAGAGUAUCUUUGGAAAUAAAACUUAGACUAAAACGAUUGGGUUCCUAUCUAUAUUUCAUUGCCUUAAUUAAAAAAUCCAAAGUUUAAUUUAGUAGAUCAAGCACUUGAAUCUGAAAAUUAUGGGUUUGAUAAGUUACAAUUGAAAGAUUUCAAAGAAGCAAUUUAGAACAAUAAAAUUCAAAUCGUAAUGAUACUUGAUAGUUAUGACGAAAUGAAAUAAGAUUGUAUUUAAUCAAAUUUAAUAUUAACAAAUAGACUAAUAUAAGAACUUGAUCUUCAUUAAAUAAAUUAAAGAAGAAAAGUAAAAUUUAUAAUAACAACCCGAAAAGAAAUAUUGACAAGUUUAGGAUAUUAGACAUGGUUUUAUGGAGAAAGUCUUAUGACAUUCAAAGAAGUUGAAAUCAUGAAUUUUGAUAAGUAAUAAAGUGAAUGUUAUCUCAACCAUUAUGUUAAAUUAAGUAUUAAAAGAAGAAUUAAAUCAUAAUAUGAUUUUGUCAAGUAAGUUAAAUAAUAACAAUAAAAUGUUCAAGAAUUUUUAGAGAUUUGGAAUAAGAUUUUAAAUAAAUUGGGAUAUUAAGAUAUGGAAAAUUGUGAAAAUUCUGAUAAGUUACUAUUAGAUGAAUAAAUUGAGAAUAUUUUGGAAGUAAUAAGAAAAUAGCCUACAUUUCAAUAUGUAUAAUAAAAUUAGCUAAUUAUUUUAAAAAAAGAACUUAAAGAAUUAUGGAGCGCAAAGUUAUUUAAUAAAACUAUCGAGAAUCUAAACAUUUAUCAUUUCUUAUAAACUCCAUUUAUGCUAGAAAUAGUAGUUUAAACUCUGCCAAGUCUUUCAAAAAAAUACAAAGGAUCUAAUGAUGUUAAGGAAAUGUUUCAAAAUAACUUCCUUCUAUUGAAAAAUAAAGAAAAUUUAUCAAAAAGACUAUUGUUAUAAUUCUCAUAUUAAGAAUAAAAAAAUGAGCAGGCUAUCAAAGAGGAAACAAAAAUUUAGGAAAAGCAGAAUGAACAAGAUUAAGAGUAUCAAUAAGAUUUAAAAUGUCUAAAAAUCAUCCUUGAAAAAUUGGAAAGCUAGAGAUUUUUUGAAAAUUAUUCAAUAACUGACAUUUCUUUGUUAAACAAUUAAUUAGCAGAUAUAAGUAAUGAUGAUUUAAAGGUUGUGAUUUCAGCAUUUAAAAUGAAGAUAUUUACAAUUUAUGAAUUCUAUUAAAAUUUUAUAGAGUUUUAUCAUGAAUAAUAAAUCUAGAAACUUAGACAAUUAGGGAAAGUUGAAAAUGUAGAUAGUUUUACAAUAGAUCUAGUAUAAUUUUCAGAAUCAUUAGCAAUAGAAAUGACUAUUAAUUAAAUAACAUAAGUCAAUUAUGAGUAAAAAGGAAAAUUACAAAUGAAAAAUCAUUAUUUUGAUUAAAAAGAUAAAGACAAAUGGAAAAUGCAAUAUUUUGAUGAUUUGGAAGAUGAAUAUAGAAAACUUGUUAGAAGCUCUGCAUUGAUUAAUAUGAAGGGGAAAAACUAUUCUUUUAAUCAUAAAUCUUUAUAAGAAUUUUAUGUUGCACAACACAUCAAUAAUUUAAUUGAUAAACUUGAAUUGAAAGAUAAUUAACUCACCUAUAAUAGCUAAACCUAUUUAGAAACCUCUGUCUUUAACAAUAAAGACUUUAAUAUCUCACUAGAAAAUUACUCUGGAUCAUUAAGUAUUCUGAAACAAAAACUAAAACUUAAGUAUGAAAAUAUCCGUAAAUUAAUUUCCAUGGUUAAAUUAUCUACAAAUCUGACAUUUGAGGUGGUCUCUUCAAAUAGUUUUUGUAUUCUAAGUCAUUUAUAAGUAUAUCUAGGAGAGUAAGACUUUUCAGGGAUAAAAAUUAAAAAGACCACCCUUAAAGGAUUAUCCUCUCUUAAUAGUAGAUCUUAGAAUUCAAUUUUCGAAGAGGUAAUUAUUGACUCUUGUUUAUUCGACAAAGCUCAUUUGGAGAAGGCUAGAUGGAAGAGUGUGAUAUGCUCUGAAAAACCAUUGUUAUAAGGACAUAAAAGUGGCGUUGUUAUAAUUUAAUAUUCAAAUGAUGGUAAAUUAAUAGCAAGUGCAGACUCUGAAAAAAUUGUAAAGUUUUGGGAUGUGUUAAAUUUUUAGUUAUUGGGAGAAAUAAGCGAAAUAUCUAAUAUAACUAAAUUCUUGGUAUUCUCGGGCGACGACUAACUUGUAUUUAUCUGCAGUGAUAAAAAUAUAAUUGAGAUUUGGUCAAUUACUGAUCUUAAAAGUAUCAAGAAAUCAGAUUAGCAAAUUAUGAGAUAAGAAAAAAUCAUAUAAAUGCAAUUGUCGUUAAAUGAUAAGGAAUUAAUUGUUGUUGAUGAAUUAGGUUUUAUUGAAUUUUGGGAUGUAAAUUUAAUUAAAUCUAAUUUCAAUUAAAAAGAUGGAUUUACCUUAAAAAGCUCUGAAAGCGAGAUAAAAUUCAUUUCAUUUUUCUAGAAUGGUGAAAUGUUGGCUUCAGUAAGCGAAGACAAAAAGGUUACACUUUGGGAUGUAAAAGAACAAAAAGUCUCAACUGAAAUAGAAUUCUCUUUUCAAAUUACAUAUGUAGUAAUGAACUCAACAUUUGAAUUACUCUAUUGUGUUUGCGAUUGUUCAGAUUUUAAAGGUUUAGCUGUAUGGAAUAUUGAAAACAUUAGCCAACCUUAUUUACUUCUAACUUCUACUAAAUAUAGAAUUGAAAAUAUAUUAUUCACCUCAGAUGAUUAAUAAUCAAUAUAUAAAAUUGGAGAUGUAUUAUUAAUUUAAAACAUUAACAACAUAUAUAAAUAAGAAUAAUAAUAUUAAAUUACAGGCUGUUCUUGCAUUGAUUUCUCACCAGAUGAAAAUUUAAUAGCUACUGGUAAUAAAUAAUAAAUAAUACUUUGGGAAUUGUUUACAUAUUCUCCAAUCAUGACUUUUGAGAAUGAUUAUUCAAUAGAGGAGCUUUUAUUCAUUAGCAAUGGAAAAAAAUUACUAAGUGGAGAUUAUUCAAAAAGUUUAAGACUUUGGUCAGUGGAAACAUGCUAAUUAAUUGCAACUUUUGAAAAUUCCUACUCUUAAAAUAUAACCAUAUCAUAAGACUUUGAUAAAGUAGUUUAUUAAAUAUAAGGAGAUAAUCGAUAAUUAGGAAUAAUAAGUUUAAAUAAAAUUUAAUUGAAAACGAUUGAUGAUAUUUCCCUAUAUGGUAGAGUAUUUUCUAUUUCUUAAAAUGAUUAAUUAAUUGUGAAAUCUGGUAGCAGUGAUUUUAUUGUUGAAUUUAUGAAAGGCAAUGGGAAUAUCGAAUUCGAGAAAAAUUAUAAUUAAUUUCAAUUAGGUGCAUUUUCUCAUAAAUCCUCCCUCUUUGCAAGCAUUAGUAAGGAUUCAAAAACUUAAAUUUGGGUUUAAGAAGAAUUAAAAUUUUAUCAAAAGUAUGAAAUUAAAUUGGACUGUAAAAUAUCAUCAAUAGUAUUUUCUUAUGAUGAUAAAUAUUUAGCCUUGGCAUCAAUAAGUGAUAAGUUAAUAAUAAUUUGGGAUUUUGGCUAAAAUUAAUUGUAUUCUUUAAAUGAAUCUAUUAAUGAUUAGAGUCGGUACAAUUAUUUUAGUAUAUCACCAGAAAUCUGCUUUUCUUAUGAUUGUUUAUGGGUUGCAUUCUAUAAUAACGAAGAUAUAAAAAUAUGGAAAUUCAUUUCUGACGAGAGUAUUGUUACUUUUAAAGGAGCUGAUUCAUCAAUAAAAACUAUUGCAUCUUCUCCAAAAUAAAAUAUAUUUGCUACUUCUAGUGAUGAAUUGAAUAUUAAAUUUUGGGAUUUCGAGACAAAUUAAUUAAUAUAUUAAUUUGAGACAGGUGAAUACAUCAGAUCCUUAUGUUUUACAUAUGAUGGAAAAUAUUUAAUUAGUGCAAAAAGCGUUAUGAAAUUAUGGGACAUUUCAAAUUUCCCAUAACUCAAAUUAUUAGCUGCUUAAGAAAGUAAAAACAACGAAGAUGUGCAAAGAAUAGUUUGCUUACAUCAAAUAUAAGGUAUUCUGUAUACUUGCUCUGAGAGGAGUAGAGUGAUUUAAUUUGAUGACUUUAAAUAUAUAGGAGUUUUAGAGAGUUCAGAUAAUUUGCAUGUUCAAACUUAAUUUUCAGCUGAUGAUCAACAUAUCGUUGGUGGAAUAAAAGAAAAAGUAGUAAUGUGGAAAAUAUAAAGCAAUUGUAAAAUUGAAUUCAGUUUUCCACUUCCUGGUACCAUUGAGUCAGUUUAAUAUUGUUAAGAUAAAGAAAGAUUGAUUGUCACUAUUCCUUCUGGGAUAUAUACUUUGAAUAUCAAAUCAAACAAUUUGCUAGAAUUAAUUCCAAAUCUGAAAUCUGCAUUCUAUGCGAAAAUGUUUUUUAAUGAAGGAUAUCUGUAUACAAAAGAAUUAGAAUCAGUAAAAAUUUGGAGGAAUGAUGGAAAUAAUAGGUUCACUUUAAUUGACUAUUACAGUAAAUCAUCCAAUGAACAUAUUGUUUUUUCAAAAGAUGGUAAAUAUUUGGCAAAGGUUUUGGAUAGUUAUAGUCUUUCAAAUUCAAAAGUUUAUGCUGUAACCCUGACUGGCAAAUAAAGAUUUAUUAAUAAUAAAGAUUUAAGUAUAAUUGCGAUAUCGAAUAACUCAUAAUAUAUAAUAUACGGAAAUCAAUAGUUGUCGAAAUUAUCGUAUUUUGAAUCAAAUCUUCUUAUUGAAGAAUUCUCUCACCUAGGAAUUGUUGAAUUUAGCCCAGAUAACUGCAAUAUAGUGUCUCAGAAUAACUAGAUAAUUACAAUAUUCAACAUUAAAUCAAAAUAAAUCAUAGGUUAAGUUUAAACCGAGAAAGAUUAUUAUAGUUCUUUAUAAUUUUCGAAUUAUGGCAAAAUUUUAAUAUUAGUAGGCUAAAAGAUACAUCUUUUUAAUUUAGAAGACAUUCAUAAACCUUAAUCUAUUGGAAUAAUAUAUGGGAAAAUAAACUCAGCUCUUCCUAAAACAUCAUUUAACUAUCUUGCUAACAUUUUUGAUAAAAAUUAAAUCUAAUUCACUGAUAUGAUUAUUAGAAAGUUUAUUAAAUCUAUAGUUGCUUGUGAUGCUUACAGUUUAAAAGAUUUAGUUCUUUUACAAAAUGAAUCAAAAGUAGCUUAUAUAGAGUAUAAAACAUUUAAAGUUAGAGAUUUGAUUGGAUAGUAAAUAGAAAAUAAUUAUCAUGAAAUAAAGGAAGAUUGUGAUUGUAUAGCUAUAUCUAAAGACAGAAAAAAUGUUGUUUUUUCUGCAGGUCCAAAAAUCUAUAUUUAUGAGAAUAAAACACACCAAGAAUUCAAUAAAUUGGAAGAGAAUGUAAAUUUCUUAAAUAUUUCAUUCUCUUAAGAUUCAAAAUUCUUAGCUGGUUGUGGAAAUAAUAAAACCAUUUAUUUUUGGGAUUUUAAGGCAAGAAAAGUAGUAGCUAAAUUCCAAGUUCACUCAGAGAAAGGGAAUGUAGUUUAAAUAUCUUAAGAUAAUUCAACAUUGGCAUCUGGCAGUGAUGACAAAUUGAUAAGAUUAUGGAAUUUAAAUGCCAACUUAAACAAGAUAUAUUAAGAUGGACAUGAGAAGGAAAUUACAAAUAUAGUGUUCUCAGCAGAUAGUUUGGUGUUAUAUUCUGGAAGCUUAGAUAAAACUCUUAAAUUAUGGGAUAUGGAGCAUAAGAAUUUAUUAAUUUCAAAGACGUUUGAUUAUAACAUACAUUCCUUUUCAGUUACUCGUAAUUAAGAAUGUCUUCUCAUAACACAAGGAGGAGAAAUACAAUAAUGGAAUAUUUAAUAUAAUUAAGCGUUAUAAAAGUCUAAAUUCUAAUUCAUCCCUUGUGGAUGCUACUCCUAUAAUUUUAUAAUAAAAAGCGCUCUGUUAAAAUUCUAAUUAUUCUCAAACGAUAACCUAUUCAUUACUUUAUCCUUGAACUCAUUUAAAGAGAUAGAUCAAAAGUAUUAUUAUUUGUCUUUUGUAGAAAUCUGGAAAAGAGAUCAUUAAAUUGAAGAGUCUGUUUUUUUAUAUGAAUAUGGUGAAAUUGAAAUACGCCUUUACUAAAUAUCAUAAGAUUUCAAAUAUAUAUGCUCUGUAGACUCUCAAAAUUAAUUAACUCUAGGGAAGUUACUGUAAACAUCUGAACCAAAAUUGAUACAAUUAAAAUAGUUUAACACAGAAGAAAUCAUUUAUCUUCUAUUUUCAAAUGACUCUAAAAUAUUGUCUUCGGUUGAUAAUUAAAUCAUAAUAUUUAGGCUUUUAGAUGGUGAUGAAUUGCUUUGCAGCCUAAAAAUAAACUUUGAUCCUCGUGACUUUUUACAAUAUUUUACAGAUGAUGAUAAAUUUUAUUAUACAAAUUUUAAGAAUUAAAUCUAUUUGUGGGAUGUAAAUCAUUUGAUAAAAGAUUAAAAUAUUUCCACUUCGCAGUUAGAAUUAGUUCUAGAAAAUCUUGAUAUUCAAUGUUUUACAAUAUCAAAUUAUGUCAAAUAUUUAGCUAUUGGACUAAACGAUAGUCAAGACAAUAAAAUUUUAAGAUUAGUGGAAUUAAUUUCAAUCGAAACAAUAAAAACUAUUCAAUAUCAUAGCAAAAUCAAUUUAUUAUAAUUUUCUGAUGAUGAUUUGCUUUUGGCAGUAGCUAAUCAAUUAAAUGAAAUAUCAAUUUAUGAAAUAGAUCCAUUUUCUUUAAAGCAUUCUUUUAAAUGCCAUUAAGCAGAAAUAAUCCUCAUGAAAUUCUUCUAUCUAAAAGAACCUGAAUAAAUAGAAAAUAAUAAUGAUGAAUCUGAAAAAAUUGAAUAAUCUGAUAAAAUUGAUAAUCUGGAUGUUUAAUCUGAACAAACAGAAAGGAAAUAAGAAAGUAAAAAGGAUAUAAAUUUAAAAUCAAUUUUAUGUAUUAUUUCAUUUGAUAAAAACUCUUCCAUAUUAAUCAAUUAUUUGAAAAAUUAAGACAGUCAAAAAUAAAAAAUAUAAUUACCAAAUAAUUCUGACCAUUCAAUUUAAAAAGUGUUUUUUAGCAAAGAUAUCGAGAAACUUGUUGUAAUUACUUAAGAUCAAAAUUUAAACUUUGAAUGUACUAUUUAUCAAUAGUCUGAAAAUUAGUAUAAUUAAUUAAAAUCAAUUUAACAAUGUAUAAUUGCUGAUUUUAGUUUUGAUCAAAAUUAUUUAGUUUAUAGUAAUCAAGAAGCAGAGUUAUACUUAUUAAAUUUAUAGAAUUAUUUUUUUUCUUAUAAUUAAGCAAUUAACUUAAAAUAUAAUGAUAAUAGCUCAAGAGACCCUUUUAAUUUUCUCAGUUUGAACUCGGAAAAAUCAAUUUUAUUUUGUGGAAAUAAGGAAUAGAUGUUUUGCUGGAAAUUGUGUAUAGAAGAAGAUAUGGUACAAUUACUAUUGCUCAAGACAAUAAAAUGCAAUAAUUUUGAUUACUCAACAAUGUUUAUAAAAUAGGAAUCUCAAAUCUUUUUUCAAACAAAUAAUACAAUUUAGAAAUUAGAUUUCACAGACGCAAUAGGAAAACUGAAAGCUUGUCUCAUAUAUUACUAAGAGAAAAAUUAAAGAUCUGAAUACUACAUUAAAACUUUAAUUGUGCCUAAAAUUGAAUUUAAAAAUUGUAGUUUUUCUUCAGAUCUUUCAUUAUGUGUUAGUGUAGGAUAAGGUGGACUUUUUGUUGAUAAAUACAGAAGGCACUCAAAUAGAAAGGCAAUAGAAAAUGUAUACUUUAAAUAUUUAAUCUUAUGGAACGUUAAAACCUUAAAAUAUUCUACUUUAUUAGAAACAUACACAUCUAAAGUUUCUAAUAAUUAUGAAACUAUUGAACUUCCGAUAGGCUUUACUGCGAUUGCUGUAUUCUUUCCUAAAUAAAAGAUUAUGGUUUAUAAUAAUGAUGACAAAAUUGAAUUUAGGGAUUGCCAAGAUUUUGACUCUCUAAAAAGAAUUGCAACUAUCAAUAAUGAUAGAAGAAUUCUUAAUUUACUAGUUUCCAAAGAUGAAUAAUUAUUAAUAUCAAUUUGUGAAAUUGGUAUAUUCAAGCUUUGGAAUAUCAGUGAGUUAGAUAAAAUAAUUCUGUCCCGAGUUAUUUACUUUAAUGAAGAAGAAUUAGCUAAGUUUAGAUUUACUAAGGAUAUUUGUUGUUAUAGUCUUCAUAGAGAGGAAGGUGAAAAGUUAUACUAUUUGGAAUAGCUCAAUCUUGCAAGUUCUCCAUCUUUCAGGGCUUUACAAUAAUUUCACAAAUUUGAUGCUUUCUCAAUAAUGUAAUAGUAAACUAUUAUUGCAUUCGGAGGAUCAACUUUAUUUCUUUGGAAUUAUAUCACGGAUGAAAAAAAAGAAGUCGAAGGAAAUUAUAACAAUCACUUUACUUCAGUUGUUUUUAUAAAUAAUAGCGAUCUUCUAGCAGCUGCAAUUGGUAGUGACAUUAAUUUAUUUAAUGUAAAUAGUGAUCCCUUAGGUUUGAAAUUAAAUAAUGAAUUGAAAGGACAUGAAGGGGAAAUAAUAUGCUUAUCUAUCUGUUAAGAUAAUUCAAUUAUAGUAUCUGGUUCCUAAGAUCACACUAUAAGAUUUUGGAGCAUUAAAUAAUCAGCCACUGUUUAAAUUAUUAAAGGCUUUAUUGAAAUUAUUUCAAAAAUAACAUUAUCUCCAAAUGGUAAAGACAUGGCAGUGGCUAUGGAAGAUGGAUCAAUCAGACUCUUUAAACUUAUGUUUCCAAAAGAUAUACAUGAGAUACACUUAGAUCAAAUGAGCAAUUAAGGAGACUACAUCCACUGCUAUAGAAUAUUUGGGAGAGAUAGUUUAAUAUCGGCAAGUAAUUGUAUUUUAUCAGAUACAGUUAUAGAAUAAGAUGGUAAGUCAUUAGAAAUAUUGUUUGAGUAGAAAGGAUCUAAAAUCAUUAGAUUUUGA